UGCUCACUUAUAUACCAAAAGACACUGAACAAAAUAAAACCCAAAACUUAGACCGAAGAAUCACGUGCAUCCCUUUACCAGUUCCUGUCUUCUCUGACAUUGCAAUAAUGAUAUGUUUUAAUUCAACUGCAAGUCCUCCAGUAAGACUGCAGUCUUCCUUGGACCAGAAAUCUCCUGGCAUCAUCUCUUCCUGUGGAGAAAUAAUGUCCAAUUUUCAAGCUAAGAACUUCUUCAAGGUUUACCUCUUGGAACACAGCUUCCAAAGAAUGCUCAUUCCAUCUUCUGCUGUUGUGUGUUCAUACGAACUGAUGCCUGUGACAGUCACCUUUAGAAAUUGUAAAGGGCAAUGCUGGCAUGUGGAGGUGGAGGUGGAUGAAUGCGAUGGCAAGAUGUUUUUUAAGAAGGGUUGGAGAAAAUUCAUUGAUGAAAACUCCAUAAAGGAUAAAGAUAUUUUGGUUUUCAAUUAUUUUGGAUGUUUUGUGUUUGAUGUGAAAGUAUUCGGAUUAGAUCGAUGUGAGAAGAGUGUUUCACAUCUAGUGUUGGAUGAGCAGGAAAUGGGAAUUGUUCUAGCUGAUGAUGAUCAUGAUGAUGAUGACGACGAUGAAGAAUUUCAGGAAGAAGGAGAAGAUAGUGAGAUGGAGUUGGAGGAAGAAGCAGAAGAAGAAAAUGAUUAUGAUGACUUUCAGCAAGAAGGGAAAGAUGGUAGGCUGGAGUUGGAAGAAGAAGAUAAUGAUGAUGAGGACUAUCAGGAAGGAGAAGAUAGUGAGCUGGAGUUGGUGGAAGAGGAGGAAAAUGAAGAAGUAUUGGAUAGUUUAAACAAAAGAAGAGGCCAGAAAAUGAACAAUAAAAGAAACGAAGGGUCGCAUGAGGAAUUUGCUGCUAUGAAAGACGAAGGAACUACCUCUAUGGAGCUUUAUCCAGAAAAAUAUGUCCAACAUCUGAAUCCUUAUUUUGUGGCGAGGAUAAGGCUAAGGAGGAAGAACGAAUUGUAUGUUCCAUUUGAUGUAAUGAGAGAUUAUGAUCUGACUCUAGAGGACAAGGAGGAAAUUACAUUUGUUGACCCAUACAAGCGGGAAAGUAUUGGGAAGGUUGUUAAAUGGAAGGAUGGUCGAACAUGCAUAACGGGAUGGAGAAGUCUCUGCAAUCGAAACAAAGUGGAUCUUCAGCGUGACGCUUGUAUAUGUGAAUUUCUGCUUGAAAAGGGACAAGAAAAGAAGUUCAUACAAGUUCACAUUGUCAAUCGCAGGAAACAUGCUAAGUCCCAGAAGCCUAGAAUGCAGAAACAAAACCAAAAGUAGACAUAAUCUGACAUGAAGAUGCUUUUAGUUUAACUGUUUAAUUAUCACGGCUAUGGAUCCAGCAGGCCCGCACUUCAGAGUUUGGUCUAUAAGCUGAAGGCUUACUUGCCAGAAGACUGAUAUAUAGAGCUUCGUAACUUUUUACUUGCAGGCUAUUGUAGUUCACUUUGAACUUUUGACUUGCAGGCUUUUGUAGUUUAUUUUGAAAACCUUUGGCUUGGGUUGAGAUACCAUCACUCAUCAAACCCAUAGUUUAUGUACCUACCCAAGUAAACGUACUCAAAUUGGAUUGGAAAUGGGUAAGUUAAAAAAUUACACUAUCCCAAGUAUUAUGCGUUGAACUAACUCUGAUUUGGAUAAAUUCUGAAUUAUGGAAUAAAAUUGAUGUAGUAGAUAUAGGUGCUAAAAUGAAGAAACUUACAAGA